GUCUUCAUAAGAGGGAAAGGGCUCUCCGCCCCCUCAUUCGUUUGUGAGAAGCAACGAGACAUCAGCGUCAUGCCCGAGCCAGCAAAGUCCGCGCCCAAGAAGGGCUCCAAGAAAGCCGUCACCAAGACCGCAGGGAAAGGCGGCAAGAAGCGCCGAAAGUCUAGGAAGGAGAGCUACGCCAUUUACGUGUACAAAGUCCUGAAGCAGGUCCACCCCGAUACCGGCAUCUCCUCCAAGGCCAUGGGAAUCAUGAACUCGUUCGUGAACGACAUCUUCGAGCGCAUCGCCGGAGAGUCGUCUCGCCUGGCCCACUACAACAAGCGUUCCACCAUCACCUCCAGGGAGAUCCAGACCGCAGUGCGCCUGCUGCUCCCCGGAGAGCUGGCCAAGCACGCAGUGUCCGAGGGCACCAAGGCCGUGACCAAGUACACCAGCUCCAAGUAAACAGCGCAUUUGGAGUGCUGUAGUAACCCAAAGGCUCUUUUAAGAGCCAC